UCCUGCAUAUAGCUAUGUCCUGCAUGUAUCCUUACUAUACAGUAUGUCUUGUCUGCUGAUCUGAUUAUAAACAGCCAUUAACUGUUAUACAUGUACACUGUAACGUCGCGCUUUGCUCAGACGGAAAAGACAGCACGUCUUUGCUUUCGAAAACUAAUCGUCUGUACUAGAUUGGACAAGUUCCCUAAAAUUUUAUAGGGUAAAAUAUACUUCGGGUUCAAUUCAUAUAUUUAAUGAAAUUGCCUAAGAUCCCAUGAUUUUUAAAGUUAAGCAAAUUAAAAUAAUUCUUAAAAAAUCUAGGCUACUUUUCAUAUAAACUAUAUCAACUCAAGACCAAACGUUUCAUGUAACUGCCUGCAUAUUCGUCGACUACGUUCCAUUAUAUCGUGAUUUCAUUUUUCCAUUUCGCGUACGAAAUCAUUAAUCGUGGGCAGCAGUCAUGAAAUUGCUUGCUUACUUUUCAUACGCCCACGGCAGCAAAUCGCGCAACUUCGUGCGCAGUAAAUAUGGGAAGUACAGUGGGAUCCUGGGUCCAUUCAGACGUUACCCGUAUUCCGGCCACAUGGACUUGAGAUAAUAAGGCAUUAGUGAAGCGCUUCUGUCAUUAAAAUAGUUGGUGGCCUGAGCCCGCCCCCUUUCAAAAGAGCCAAACUGAUUAUUACAGCCUGCGCUUGAACAGGGUGAGGGGCAUACGCUGCUGGGAUUGUGGGAGAGAGCAGGAUCGGUCCUCAUCCUCAUCACCAGCGACCAUUCCUCCGGUUUAAUCCUGCCUUCCUCGCCGGAGCGCAGGCUGUCGCCACCUCGGCAUCCACCGGCAAAACGAAAGACUGGUCCUGAUAUCAUUUCAGCCUCUGCUUUUUCCACGCCACUCACUUGAGGUUCGUUUUAUGCCGUGCAGGAUUAAGUGAGGUUUUUUCUUUCUUUCUUUCUUUGCGAGAGGUUUUUUUUUCUCGCUUUGCGAAGAAGACUUUCUCCCCCCCCCCAGACUGAACAGUUUCAGCUGGUCGAGACCCCCGCAGGAACGACCGUGGCAGCUGACACUUACCAGACUGCUUAAGAUACAUACAAAAUAAAGAGCAGAUGCCGGAGUGAACUGAGAGAGGCAAGUGGUACGGACAACGAACGCCUUGGGGAGAACCUCAAGAGGAGCAGGAGAGGAAUACCCACGAUUCCUUGGAGACGGGACAGAGGAGAAGACGGGGAAGAUGGGGAGGAAGAAGAUUCAGAUUGCACGUAUUAUGGACGAACGCAACAGACAGGUGACGUUUACGAAGAGGAAGUUCGGCCUGAUGAAGAAGGCCUACGAGCUGAGCGUGCUGUGCGACUGCGAGAUCGCCCUCAUCAUCUUCAACAGCACUAACAAGCUCUUCCAGUACGCCAGCACCGACAUGGACAAGGUGCUGCUGAAGUACACCGAGUACAACGAGCCCCACGAGAGCCGCACCAACUCCGACAUCGUCGAGACCCUGCGGAAGAAGGGCCUUAACGGCUGCGAGAGCCCCGACAUCGACGCCGACGACUCGGUGGGUCACAGUCCCGAGUCAGAGGACAAGUAUCGCAAGAUGAACGAGGACAUCGACCUCAUGAUCAGCAGGCAGAGACUGUGUCAGGCCAUCCCGCCCUCCAGCUAUGACAUGCCCGUGUCCAUCCCCGGGGGGAACCCCAACAGCCUGAUCUACAGCCACCCGGGCGGCUCUCUGGGGGGGCACAGCCUUCUGCCACUGGCCCACUCCUCGCUGCAGAGGAACAGCAUGUCCCCCGGCGUCACACACCGGCCGCCCAGUGCCGGCAACACAGGUGGUCUGAUGGGUGCAGAUCUCUCCUCAAGCGUGGGCACCAGCGCUGGAAAUGGGUAUGGAAACCAUCGCAACUCCCCCGGCCUGCUGGUCUCGCCGGGGGGCCUGGGCAAAGGCAUGCAGGCCAAGUCCCCCCCGCCCAUGAACCUAGGCAUGAACAACCGCAAGUCGGACCUGCGCGUCCUCAUUCCACCAGGCUCCAAGAACGCCAUGCCCUCCAUCAACCAGAGAAUAAAUAACUCACAGUCUGCACAGUCAUUGGCUACGCCAGUUGUUUCUGUAGCAACGCCAACUCUGCCGGGUCAAGGAAUGGGAGGUUACCCAUCAGCCAUCUCAACCUCCUAUGGUACUGAGUACUCCCUCAGCAGCGCAGACCUGUCGUCACUCUCGGGCUUCAACAGCGCCAGCGCGCUGCACCUGGGCUCGGUCACGGGCUGGCAGCACCAGCACCAGCAACAGCAGCAACACGUCCAGAACAUGCAGCACUCCAGCCUGGCCCAUCUUGGAAAUUGCAAUAGCACUCACUUAUGUCAGAGUUCAAAUCUGUCCCAGCCCUCUGCCCAAAGCCUGCACAUCAAGUCCGAACCUGUUUCUCCUCCUAGAGAUCGCUCCGCGGGCUACCCGCCGCCGCACCCGCCGCCGCCGCACCCGCACGUCCCGCUGCCGUCGCGCCAGGACGCGGGUCGCUCGCCCGCUGACAGCCUGAGCAGCUGUGGCAGCUCCUACGAGGGCAGCGACCGGGAUGAACAGCGAGGCAGCGAGUUCCACUCCCCGGAAGAGCGCGGGAGCCCCACCGUCAAGCGCGUGCGCCUGUCUGAGGGCUGGGCCGCGUGAGCAGAGCGGACUCUCUUAUUGGCCGGCUGACCGACACCAGGGCUCCGCCCCCUUGCUCGCCGCAUGCUUCGGAAGGAGCCAUGUUUUCUAAAUUUAACUUUAGUAUUGUAAUUCUUUUUAUUUUAUUAAUAUUAUUAUUAUUAUUAUUAUUAUUAUUUUUCAGAGUGUGUGUGCUAUACAUAUUACAGUGUUUUGGCGGACGGUCAGGGGUGCAACGUGUAUAGGAGGCAGGUAUGCGGACAAAAAACAUUUGUACGUGCGUACAAAGCGUAUUUACGGGAACGAACAAGAAGUCAGGUACUCUGUUUUGUAAAACUACUUUUCACAGCGGCGAUAUGGCGUGACUUGGCUGAGUAAACGAAUGGAAGCGUACGCAUGCACUGGGCCAGUGGGCUGGCUGUCUUCGCCACUGCUAGCGCCCCUCGCAGGCAGGAAGGCAGACCCAUGCAGGAUUCGCAGCACAAUAGACAAUGUCAUGUUGCAGGUUCAACGUAUUUAUGUAAAUAGAGGGAGGGAGGGGGGAUCAGGGGUUUCAAUGCUGCAGAACUUUGCAGAUUUAUUAACGAGGAAAAAAAAGUAUUAAAGGAAAAAAAAAAAUGCAGAUAUGCAAAAUUUGAGGAAUUACACAGGUAUACGUGCAAGACCCACAGCUGGGGGCCACAGCAAAUAAGAUGUGUCUCUUGUAGUAUGGAGCCUAUUGGUUUUUGGAUUUGGAUGGAAUCCAGUGAAUGUGGACCAUACUUUUCACCUGAGAGCCAAGCUGCUUACAUGCUGGGAGUCUGGGUCACGCGUUGACGUGUUCAGUAUGAGAGGGUCUAAUGAGACAUUUUGCUUAUAUUUUCAUAAAAAAGAAAAUUUAAACAAAAAAGAGGAAUUGAAAUGCAAAGCAUUUGUGGCUUUUUGUAGUUUAUAUAAGCCAGAAUGUGUUUUUGAUAGCUUUGCUAACGUAAAAAAAAAAAAACCUAGAGGUUAAAAAAUGGGCUUUUUUGUAUAGAAAGAACGACCCUAAGCCAUGACAACAGAAAAAAACAAUGCUUUGCUGAACAAGUAACUGUUUUUUCUUUGUAGAGUUUUUUUGUUUGUUUGUUUGUUUUUAAAAGCGUAUUUCUAAUUAUAUAUAAUAAUAUUAAGAAUCUUUAAAAAUCUGUGAAAUUAACAUGCUUGUGUAUAGCUUUCUAAUAUAUGAGUAUAUAUAAUAAUUAUGGUUAUAGCAAACAUUGUUUUAUCUAAUUAAUGGGGUUAUAUAUGUGCAUUUGCACAUGUUGUCAGUGCUGUUUCGAUAGACCUACAAACGAACCAUUCAGGGGUGAAUUAGUUUAACCUUAAUAAGCAGCUGCAGAAAAUGAUCUGAAUCUUUGUUUUAAAAAAUGACUGAUUCACGGAAUGUCACUAUUGUGGAAUCUGGCUGGCUGUAUUCACUACUGGUGAGACAUACAUGAACAGAUGCACAAUGCUUCCAUGUUUAACGUGUUUGGCCAACGAUAAAACGCUUUUUUUUUUUGUUGAUACCCGAAAGCCUCUCUCUGACUAACAAAAGGACUGCUGGUGAUGAAAUGGCAAGAAAGUUGACCUGUUUGUGCUGCGCUAUGUUGCGUUUCCAUUACAGAGUUAUACAUUUAGGUUACAGCGCCACCGCCUGGGUGGAGAAGAUACAAACAGUAAUUAUGCUUAAAUUACCCAAAAUACAUCUAAUGUCAUUGUUUUCCUCCUUAGCCAAAAUACAUGGAAUUUGUUCAGCGUCAUGUAACAUGCAUUGUAAUUUUGUUUCAUUUGUAUCUUAACUGAGAAUUUGGACGCUGUCAGCUGUUUCUGUGGAAGGUUGCUGUGUCGCUGUAUGGAUUUUGAUGAGUGAGGCCAGCCGCUUUCCAUUGGACCCCAGUGUAAUAUGACAGAUUCGAACCACACUGUCAGGAACUGACAAGCUGUUUCGAAGAAAAAGCACACCUUCUGAUCAACCAGCAGGCAUGUCACUGUCUGCCUGCUUAAUUCUGAAUCCGCCGUAUCUCAGAUGUUUAGCUGUUGCCUUGUGCAGUUAAUACACAUUGUCAGCGAUCAUACUCUAUACAUGCGCUCAAGAUCAAGGGGGGCUGAGCCCUCAGAAUCUUAGCAAUAGUAUUUAUAAAGGUUCACUGUUGUUAUUAAUUCACACACAUGCAGUUGUUAUGAUCAGUUCAGGUUACGGAUGGAUGCGCACACAGGUCACAUAUAAAGGAUAAGUUUGUUUUAUAUCUACAAACACCCACCGAACAGUAUUUAUUAUUGCAUACACAACUCUUCAAAAAAUGCUUUCAUGUAUGUUCAUUCUGUGCGAUUUUUAGCGGAAGAGGCUACAUUUAAAUAAUUACAUGUAGUUUUAAGUGUAAACUAAAUAUAACAAAUAUGUUUUUACUGCAAGCAACCCGACUGUCCACUGGAACAGUACAGACCAGCAUAAUUGACUUACAAGGCCUUGAUAAUUACAAGGAGCUGUUUAUAGCUAAUUUAUCAGGCCACUCGAUUAUCUGUUUUAAGAGCUGAUUUAGUUGGUUGUGCCAUUUCUUCUGUAACAAAGCAAGACUAAAGCACCGGCUCCAAGACAUUGGUUUCCCUUUGUAAAACAAGAUAAUCAUUUUUUUAAAAACCUGUAGAGUGUUAUGGUUCAGAAAAUUGCUUUCGUUUUUAUAUUUUAACCAAAGAAAUGGAGCAAUCCUUUUAUCUCUGAUCUGUCAGAUAAUGCUUCUCCUUGUCGUUACGCUCAUGUGUUCCGUAACCCAAAAUCUACUCGUACCUCGAUGUGGCCCACAGAGUACCUCACGUCAUCAUUUAAGAGUCACUUCCAACAAAGACAAACAAUCUGACCCAGUGGUUUUAACUAAUAAACUGGCUAACAGUCAAUGUCAGUCUCUCAAGCAAUAUUGUGGCAGUUAAUUCCAAGGGUUCAAACAAAUUAAUCGAAAAUUUGUCCAUGUCAGGGACACACCCCCAAUUCACGUUAACUGCUUUACUAGAAAGGCCAUGAUUGCUGACUGAAAAUUUAUCAUUUAAACGCUGAAUAAAACUAUGAAACACUAAGGGUCUUCUUACCUGGCUGAGGUUUGGAUCAGAUAAGUGUGGCAGUUGAUAAAACUGUUAUAGUACAUCACGAAAACCUGUGGUUACAUUUACAUAAGAAGUUGUAAAUAUUCUGCAACUUUUUUUUUUUUUUUUUUGUGGUUAAAAGGUAAAAUUUACAAUUUCAUCACAACCAUGCACUGGAUGAGCAGUUAUGAAAGAUACAUGGAUGAAUUUACUAUAUAAUGGAUGGACUUACUAUAUAUCUUGGUUAAAACAAAAUGCACAUUUUCCCCCAACUUCACUGGAUAUAGCUACUAAACCUGUUACUCAGUUUGAAAUGAACCUAAGCAAGGUGUUUAUACAAGUUUGUUUGGACCCGUGAAAUCUGCCGCAAAUGUUGCUUGGCAACAGAAAUACUUCCGCAGGUCUUAUAUGGCUGUCCUGCACUGGUUAUUUGGAUAAAACAGUCCAUACACAAUUUUUGGUUUGCCCUACUUGGUUUGCUGUUCAAUUUUGUGCUAUUUUUCAGAUACGAUUUUUGUCCAUUCAUAUAAAAAUACAAAUGUAAUGCAUACAAAAAAACAAUGUAGUAACUAAUGUAGCUUGUAUAAAAUAAAAUGGGGAACGUUUAAAAUAAGUGUUUUGAAACUAAAAACCAGUGGCAUAAGCUGGACUUUGUCGCCACUUGAAGACAAGAUGUUAUUACUUAAAACCACAUCUGUGUAUCUCAAGGGACUUAAUUCAGCUGUCUGUAGUGAUUAUGGAAAUAAAGUUUCUCUUGCUGGAAAAAGGUAUUUGUAUUUUGCAGACAAUUCAGUAAAGUUACUGGCUUUCUUAGUUA